GCCAUUAACAGCGAGAACGACCAAGCGAACAAGGUAUGCCAUCGUCCCAGCGGUGAGUGGGACACCGUGCCGGCAGUCGCCAGACGCUACAAGGCGGAGGGCGUCCCGUGGGUUGCCAUUGGCGACGCCAACUACGGCGAGGGCAGCAGUCGCGAGCACGCCGCUCUUGAGCCGCGCCACCUCGGCGGUCGUGCGAUAAUCGUGAAGAGUUUCGCUCGCAUUCACGAGACAAAUCUGAAGAAGCAGGGCAUGCUUCCACUGACAUUCGUCAAUCCUGAAGACUACGACAAAGUGAAGCCGUCGGACAAAGUCUCCCUCCUUGAUCUCCACGACCUUGCCCCGGGAAAGAACGUGAAAUGCAUGCUCAAGCACGAGGACGGCUCAACCGAGGUGAUCCAGCUGGCUCACACGUUUAACUUCAACCAAUUGGAGUGGUUUAAGGCUGGGAGUGCCCUCAAUCACAUGAAAGAGGUGGGGAGGGGACAGCAUUAA